AUGACCUUCACAGCUGAUGAUUGCCUCGGAGUCCAGUACAAACUUGAAGAUCCAUUGCUAAUCCUCGAGGAUGCCGAGGAGUCAAUGACGAAGGUCAACUAUCCGCUGAUCGGAUUCAAUGGCUCAUCGGCAAUCCCCCGCGGAAAAAUCACCUUACCAGUCACCAUCGGCAAAGGCCAAGCCGCAAGAAAUGUCCUAGGGGAAUUCCUAGUAAUGGACUGCGAUUCAGUGUACAAUGUCAUCAUGGGACGAACCAUGAUCCACAAAAUGCAGGCCAUCCCAUCAACACACCAUCAAAUGAUGAUGUACGUCUCGGACGCAGGCUUCGCCGAACGGGUAAGAGGAGUUCAGGAGGUCGCAAGGAGAACUUGCCAUACCGCUAUCCGGAAGCCAAGAUUGGGAGAUGGUUCCGAAGAUGAUGAAAAACAGGAGCCCUCAUGUGAGGAACAUGAGGCUAAGAGGAGAAAGGCUGAAUCGGGCAGUCUGGUAAAACCCGCAGAGGUUGAUGCUCGGCUCGAAAGUCCUUCUCUCGAGCCAGACCAAGAAAUGGAGGACGUCUUCCUAGAGGAUGACUCUGGCAGGAGCGUUCGAAUAGCGAACAUAGCAGGGAUAGAUCAGAAGAUGAUCUGUCACAAGCUGGAUGUCAGCGUCGAAGCCCGACCGAUUAAGAAAAAGAAGAGGAAGUACUCCUCAAGGAAUAACAAAGCCAUCGCCGAGGAGGUGAAAAAGUUACAAGAAGCAGGUUUUAUUGAACCAUGCAUAUAUCCCAAGUGGCUAGCCAGUGUGGUGAUGAUCAAAAGAGCAAACGGCUCAUGGCGCAUGUGCGUGGAUUUCACAGAUCUGAACAGAGCCUGUCCCAAGGAUUGCUAUCCUCUCUCGGUGAUAGACCAACUGGUAGACUCAACCAGCGGCCACGCACUGCUGAGCUUCUUGGAUGCAUUUUCGGAAUACCAUGAAGUAUUCAUGCACCCCGACGACAAAGCAAAUACAACAUUUAAUACAAGCGCAUGA